AACCGAAGACGACAUCUGAAAUGUCAUUGGAAAAGUACAAGACGGUUUUCGCCAGAGGCAAAGGUCAAGAAGAACAGGAUCUUAUCAGUUGUUGAUUAUCAUCGUGUAUCUGUGUUGAAAAACUGAUUGUACUCGGAUUGAAUGACAAGGAUUCAUCAAGUUAUAGGCCAGUAUUCAUGGUCGUAUCUUAAGCGGGGGUCUACAAUCUAAGCCUUAAGAAAUUGACCAAUCACAGUCAUAUUCUUCUCACAUUCGACUGUGAUUGGUCAGUUUUUUAAGGCUUAGAUUCUCAUUGUAGAUCGCACUUUACGUAUACUAAUAUUCAGUCAACUAUCAGCGCGAAUUCUGAUUGGCUGCAGCUUUCUGUUUUUCUGCUAAGGUGUGAAUUCUCCCUAAUACCAGCCAAAACAUAACCUACACGUGAGCCGCUCCAUGAACAAAUGUUCACUAGUAUUUAAACUAUAAUGUGUUAUAAUUGAAUUUCAUUAAUAUAUAUUUAAUUAUAAAAAAAACCAAUUUAAAAAAUGUAAUAUCUGUGCAAGUACAUUUUGAAGUGUAACAUGAGCUGUACAAUUAAUUAUACUAAAAAGUUAAAGGUACAAGAUGUCAAGAACAAAUAUUGUCCGUAUAUUUUACACAAUAUAUGCAAUUGGUUUUAUCUUGACAAACCAGCAAUAGAGUAUCAUGAUCUACAAGAAGUCAAGAUUAUAAGUUACAAUGAAUUGCAAGCUGCUACAAAAACAGUCUCUGACUGUUUGAAAUAUAUACAGUAUCCUGAAUUUAUUGGUAUUAAUUUUGAUAUUUUAGAAUACUGUGUGCCUUCUUUAAUGCUUGGGAUUCUGGAUAAUGGGAAUGCUUUUCUCAAUGUACCUUCAGAUAUACAAAUAUGUCGAAAUAUAUUCGAUUCUUUACACAUAAGAUAUAUUUUUGCCAAAUGUGUGACAUCUGAUAGAGAAGUUGUGCGUCAGUUGAAUGUUCAUGGACAAUCUGUAUAUUUAACAAAAUUAAUAGAUGUCCCAGAAAGUACUGUUAGCGGCAGAAAAUGGCAUCGAUUUGCAUAUGCAAUUGCCACUUCAGGAUCAACCGGAUCACCAAAAAUUGUUAAAAUACUUCAUUCCUGUGUAUUGCCUAAUAUCACAGAUUUGAGGAGAAUUCUCGAUAUGACAGAGCACGACAAAAUUGCCCAAUUAACAAAUUUUACCUUCGAUCCAUGUAUUGUUGAAAUUUUCUUAAGUCUGUCAUGUGCUGCGACUCUGUUCAUGGUGUCGAAACAACUGAAGAAUGACACAGACAGGCUGUUGGAAAAGAUAUUCUGCGCUCGUGUAACAGUUCUUCAAAUUACUCCAUCGCUACUCUUCCAUAAAUGGUCCACAGAACGUUUGAAGGCCACAAUUUUGAACAAGGAUUCUCACUUGAGAGUUCUUCUCUUGGGUGGAGAACCAUUCCCUAAUAUCAAGUUACUUUCCGAAGCUAGUCAUUCACAGAAUAAAACGCGAUUAUUUAACAUUUACGGUAUAACUGAAGUAUCUUGUUGGUCUAGUAUUAAUGAAAUCUUUAGAAAUAAAGGCACAGAUGAAUCUUGUAUCGGUGAACCUUUAUCAGAAACCAUGUUUCAAGUCAGAAAUGAAGACAACGAGAUAGUAACUAAAGGCAAAGGCUUCCUUUAUAUCGGAAGCUCUAGUAGAAUUUGUAUUGUUGGAGAUGAAACUGAGGACGAUUUAUGUAAGCCAGUUUUUCGUGAUACCGGUGAUAUAAUUUCAAUAGAUGAUCACGGUAGAAUGCUUUACAGAGGGAGGCGAAAUAAUGUGGUGAAAAGAUUUGGAAACAAGAUAAAUUUGCGAGAACUUGAGAGAGUCGUGAUGGAAUUAAGUUUCAUACGGAAUUGUGCUGCACUCUGGGACACAGAAAGCCACAAAUUAUAUCUAUGUUUAUCCGCUGUGAACAUGAAAGAAUUAAUCGACUUGAAAAAUUAUAUAAUAUCGCAUUUAAGAAUAUUACCAGCGAUCUAUAAACCUGAUAAAAUAAUUGUACUUGAAAAAUUUUAUUUUACUACCAGUGGAAAAAUUUGUCUAUCGUCACUAAGAAAAGCGUGCAAGGAGUCUGAAAUGGAAGUUACCAGUAUAAAUGAUGUAUACACUGAUGUGUGUGAAAUAUUUGGAAAUUUGUGGAGUCAACAUGUAAAAUCUAAAGAUGUUGGUUUUUUAACAUCAGGAGGAACGUCGAUAACAGCACUUCAGGUCUCGAAUGCCACCAUUGGGAUAUUUAAAGUGGAAUUUCCCGAAUUGAUCGGUAUGCUGCUGAAGAAUUUGACGUUCAACGAGUGCGUUAAUUAUAUCAAAACCACUUUAACCAAUCAAGAUUGGAACAGGACUCUCAAUCACUGCAUUGCCGUUUCUCACGAUGACAAAGCUCAAAAUAAUAAUUGUGAUACAGAAAAAUGCAUAAUGGAAGAACCAGUCUCGAAUAAUUUUUCCGUAUUGACAGAUCAAAAUAAUUCUUAUCAGUGUAAGUGCAGAGGAAGAACUGAUGGCAAUGCAUCAACCCAAAAACAAAUCAUCAAAUUAUCUUCCGUAAAUAUAUCAACCAUCGAAGUAGCAGCAACUUAUAAUUUACAGAAGUGUGUCGAUGCUUCGCCAACUGUGUAUUGUUAUUCCGCAUCAGAAUUGUUCGCAACAGUUGGCUCACAUGCCGGGAUUAUAUAUACGGUUAAUCUAGUGGGAAAAAAUAGUAGACCGUAUGAAUUGAAAUUACCAGACAGGAUAGAAGCUUCUGUCUUGGUUUUAGCCGACUUUCGUGGAAUUGUAGGUUGUUACGAUGGGUAUAUUUACUGCAUUCAUUUAAAAAUCGGCGAAGUAAUUUGGAAGUUUCAAACACAGGACAUGGUGAAGUGCACAGCGAUAACGUGCGCACAAAAGAGCAAGAUAUUUGUGGGUUCUUACGAUCACUAUGUAUAUUGCCUUUCAGUAGAGAAUGGUGCUCAAAUAUGGAAAAUUGAAGCGAGCCAAGGCGGUAUCUGUGCUACGGGCUGCUUGCAUCCACAAUCGACCUCGGUUCUCUUCGGAACACUGGAUGGCGCUUGCCUGGCUUUGCGACAAUUUUCCGGGCGAGUUAAGUGGAGACGCAAAUUGCAGGACCCGAUUUUUGUGGCGCCCGUCGUCCUCCAAAAUGGAUACGCUUUAUUUUGUUCCGUAGCCGGAACGUUGUGUUGUUUCGACAUCGAAACCGAUUGUCGGAUAUGGCGGUACGAGAUACGCGGAAAUGUAUUUUCGUAUCCCGUGAUAAAUACUCGCGUGUCCGCCGGCAACAGCGAACACGUUAUUUUGGCGAGCCACAACAAACAUCUGUAUUGCCUGGAGAUGCCAGGAGAGAAGGGAGAAAAUCCGAGAUUGAGAUACGCGUUGCAGCUGCAUUCGUCCAUCUUUGCGACUCCUUGGUGCGAAGACAAACACGUGUUCGUGGCGUGUACGGACGGCACGUUCCAAGUGCUCGAUCUUUCAGAGGGCAAAUCACUCGUCACCAAGCGACUUCCCGGCGAAAUCUUCUCCUCGCCGGUCAUACAUAACGAUCUGGCCAUCUUGGGAUGCAGGGACAAUAAUCUUUACGUAUUGAAACUUGGUUAAAAUCUUGGAUUAACAUCUGUGCCAGGCUUUAUGUAUAUAUUAAAAUUUCUACUAAAAGAAAACAUGGUUUUAAUUAGACAGAAUUAUAAGGAAUAUAGUUAAUACAAUAUCGUUUAUUCCACUCGGUUCUCGUGUUACAAGUAUGGAUAACGGUAAAAGAUAUCCAUCCGUAGACAGUUGUGUACCCACAUUCCAUUGGAUUUUCGUACGUAGUGCGGAAUUGCGUGCGCUUGUCGCGGUGACCCAUGCGAGAGUGCAAGUGAAACGUGAAUCUAAGUAAAACUGCUGAUUCAUUUCUUACCCGUUAUGAAAAGAAAACAAAAGAAAAAAAAAAGAAAAAAC